CAUUAUAGAUGCUGUUCCUAUCACUUCAAAAUCAAAUUCUGUUUCUCUUGUCAGUAAAGACGUUAAACUCUAUAAAGAUUACUUAGCGCUUAAGUACGAACCUUUAAUCCGAAGUAUUCAUGGCUCCGAUCAAGAUGUCCUUAAUAAACUUGAAUCUGCUAAAAAACGAUUAUCUGGAAGUGCUAGUCUUAAAAUGUUGAAUAAUGGAUAUUGUGUGCAAAUUAUUAUAGGUGGUCAAAAAUUUAGAGUACUUAUCGACACAGGAAGUGCUGAUCUUUGGAUUCCUUCUGUGAACUGUACGUCACUUGCUUGUCGUAAUCAUAAUCGAUUCGACGAAAAUUUAUCGAAAACAUUUACGUUGAUCGGUACUUCUUUCGAUAUGGAAUACGGAAAUACCGAAACUCCUAUGCUCAUCGGUGUUACUGCAAAAGACAAUAUUUUAAUAGGCGGGAUAGAAUCUGUAGGCCAAAUGUUCGGUCUUACACUUUAUGAAGUCGAAUCAUUUAAUGAAAUGACGUUUGAUGGUAUUUUGGGUAUGAGUUUUGAAGAAAAUAGUGCUCAAGGAGUCGCACCACUUUUUUCAAACAUUGUUAAACAAAAAGCUGUUAAGAAUCCGUACUUUAGUCUUUAUCUUCAACGAUCAAAUGAUAAGGAUGAUAUGGGAAUACUAACUCUUGGUGAUGUUGAUACGACAAAAUUCACUGGAAAUUUUAAUUAUUACAAAGUAUCUACAGUUGAAGGUAAAUACAAGCAUUGGAUUAUUGAUCUGGACGAUGUUUCUAUUAAUGGCAAUAAACUUGACUACGGAGAAAGAAAGGUUGUACUUGAUACUGGAGGUAAUGGUGUAUUUAUGUCACCUGAUGACGCUAUAACUUUUCAUAAGUACAUUACCGGAUCAUAUCAGGAUAGUGAAGGAAUUUUUCAUGUACCAUGUAACAUAACAGACCAAGUAGCAUAUAUAUUUGGCGGAAUUAGUUAUUAUUUUGAGCAAUCCGACUUAAUUCAUGAAUCUGCCGACUAUGAUUGUAUUUCUAUAGUUCAAGAAAAUAUUAUUGAUACAUGGAUUAUUGGAUAUACAUUUUUAAGAAAUGUCUACUCUGUAUAUAACAUAGAAGAUUUUACGGUUGGAUUCGCUCCAGUAUCUAAAUAG